CAUUCUCACUUAUUGUAGUAAUAUCAUCUCUCUCACCAAAAGUCAGCGCCUUCUUUUGUCCUUCUCUCUCUCAAAGAAACACAAACUUCACACAUUAUUGCAGCCUUUGUCUCUUUUUACCUAUGGAACAAGAUUGGGAUCUCCAUGCGGUGGUUAGAGGUUGCUCCACCGUCACUUCCACCAACACACCCACACCCACACCCUCUGUUUCUUCUUCCUCCUCCUCUGUUUUCCCUCUCCAACCAGAACCUUCUUCUGCCUUCUCCUCUAUCUUUACCACUGAACAAAAACCUCAAACUUUCUCACUUUCAACACACCCUUUUGAACUAAGAACCUCCAUUGAAGAGUUGCAUGAACUUUGCAAGCCUUUCUUUUCUAGAUCAGAGCCUCUUUCUUUGCAAACUUCCCCUCUGUUUUCUUCAUUCUCUUAUUCCUCCUCUGUAGCACCGAAAUUACCUCAAACACAAGACAAACAACAACUGCAACAGAGAACUAAACAAUCACACCAGGGUGAUUCUCUCACCAACCCAAGAUCAAAAAGAAGGAAAAACCAGCUCAAGAAAGUUUGUCAAGUACCGGUUGAGAGUCUCUCUUCAGACAUAUGGGCAUGGAGAAAAUACGGACAAAAACCUAUAAAAGGCUCACCAUAUCCAAGGGGUUAUUAUAGAUGUAGCAGUUCUAAAGGUUGUUUAGCAAGAAAGCAAGUUGAAAGAAACAGAUCAGAUCCAACAAUGUUCAUAGUAACAUAUACAUCUGAACACAACCAUCCUGCUCCAACACACAAAAACUCUCUCGCCGGUUCAUCUCGGCAGAAGCCAUUAACGCCACCUCAAGGUGAAACAACAAGCAAAGAUCUUACAAAACCACCCUCUUCUCCAGAAGACGAAGACGUUCAAAAGUCCGACAGCAAGGAAGAUUCUUUGAUGGAUGACGAAGAAGGAGGAGGAGAAGAUGAGUUUGGUUUAUCUGAGGUUGUUUUGACAGAUGAUUUCUUUGAGAGUUUAGAUGAACUGAGUCAACUCGGUGGCUCUGGAGAUUGUUUCAUAGAUCCAUUUUCUUCUGCCAUUGGAAUUCCUAACUGGGCUGCUGCCACAGCUGCAGGUGGUAGCUGAUUUGUGUUUUGUUGGGAAACUCAUUCAUCAGAAACAUGUUUCUUGCUUUUUCAUGGAAGAGAAUAGGAGCUUUUUGUUUUUGUUUGUAGAGAAAAUGGAACUUUUGGAGGAAUCUUUAUUAACAAUGAAAGUAUAGUAAAGUAGGGAGGGAUUAGUAGUAGCAAAAGAGAUUAAGCUUUUAAUUUAUCUAUGCUAAUCUUGUUUAAUUUGAUUUCAUUAUUGUUAGACAUUCAUACUUUCAUAAUGUAAAGUCAAUUUAUUUUA